GGACUGAGCAGCGGUAGCACCGAGAGGAAUAGGAGUCUCCUACCGGAGCAACGCUAAGACCCGCUAGCAGGGAAGCACGGAGCCCCUCCAGGCUCUUUAUCUUGCUUCCCACUUGAAUUAGCAGAAAACAUGGGCAGUGUGUUCCUGACAGGAGAUGAUGCAAACUCCAUCUUAAAACGAUCUCCUAGAGCAAACAGUUUUUUAGAAGAGAUUAAGCAAGGGAACAUUGAGCGGGAAUGCAAAGAGGAAUUGUGCACUUAUGAAGAGGCAAGAGAAGCCUUUGAAAAUGAUGAGAAAACUAACGAAUUCUGGAAAGAAUACAUCCAAGGACAACAAGGAGAUCUGAAUGCGGGAAACAACUGGUACCCAUUUUACCUUGCCUUUCCUCUGAUCAUUGUGUUUUUCAUCAUCCUUUUGGGCAUCUUACUCGUGUGGAAAUGCGUAUUCAAAAAGAAGGCACGGAGACAGACUGCUUACGCUCCUCGAGGGGUUCGAGAAAAUGCAACAGAAGUGGCCAUUGACCCGGAUGGAUUUAUUAUUUCACCUCAGCAUGGCACUGUCCUAUGCCCCAUGGAAGUAGCAUUUGAUAGGGGCAGGCUUCACAGUGGAUAUGAUUAUGAUGUGCAUUCCGACACUCUUUCAGCUCGGCUGUCGAACUGCGAUCCUCCCCCCUCUUAUGAGGAAGCCACAGGGGAGCCGGGGGUUCAAGUAAAUGAACCAACACAAAAUCCCACAGAUCCACCGCCUGAGUAUGAUGAAAUAGUCCCUUCAGCUGCAGCUGUCACAGUACCUCAUGGAGCCACCAGCACUAAAUAACACAAACUGAAGGAUUCCUAUGUAUAUUAUUUUGUAAUUCUUUUUAUUGCAGAUGAAGUAUUUUAAGCACAGUUUUGAAGCUACGUAUUCUUUGCCUUUGGACAACUAUCACCUCUUGACUUUUUCACCUUCCUUAUAGUAACACGUCUACUUUCAUGAAUAUAAUGGAACAGUGAAUUCUUUGCACAAGAAAAAUAUUAGCUCUGUCUGGGCUUUAUGGAAGCCAUUAUCUAUACUCACAUACAUGCAGCUGAGGAAACGUAGCUUAGUUACCCCAGCAAAUAUACUGGGUAACUUUCCCAUGGUUCUUUGCUAUUACUCUACCAUUUCUAGGUGGUGCUGACAUAACACUAUAACCACUAUUAACCAGAGUGCAUUUUGAAUGAAGCCAUGUAAUAAAGUAUGUAUUUUUUUUUCUUAACUGUAAUAUGUGCCUAAUUUCACUUAUCAUCUAAGAAUGUCAACAAUGGCAUCAAACGGAAAGCAAUACACUGUUUUCUCAAUGAUUGAACUGAAUAAAGACAUACUUGAAAUGUUCUAUCUUAUUUUAAGAAUCAACUGGGCUUUUGCGCUUGCUUUCUUUUAUGCACAGAGAUGCAAACAAGAAGUUGCAUGUAUUGACUCCAAUGGUAUGCUCCAUUUCUGUAUAGCCCUUUGACUAACCAAAUUUAUAAUUCAUUUUUGCAGAUUUGUUAUAUUUAUUCUAAACUCCCCAAUGUGUUUCUUUUCUGAAAACUGAACAAUGAUAUAUAUAUAUAUUAACAGCUGCUAACUGAACCUUUUAACCUGUGAUCUUGUGUAUCUAGUACGGUAUGUACAAAAGGAAAUAUCUCUGGCUGAUAAAAAUACUAUCCAUUUC